UGCCUUGCAGAAGUUAUUAUGUAAGAUGUUCCCCGUCGGUAGUCUCAUCCCCGCCAGAGAGAGAGGCAUGAUGAAGGCGCUUUAAGAGAAAGCCCAGCUCCUGUCCGGGAUCCUGGCAGGACACAGACCCUCAGCUCACCUGAUGCGCAACAGUCGCAGAAGAACAGGUUUCUGCGCUCCGUAACAGUGCAUGUGGCUCCUGUUCAGUUACCUGCUAUCGGGUCCCUAAAGGGGAACAGACUUGCAUCUCUCCUUACAGCAGCGUCCCUUACCUGCAGCUGGGCUGCGGGCAGAGACACAGCUGCAGCCGGAGUGUGGAUCCAGGGAGGUGGGCUACAAAGAAGAUAAACACGAACCUGAACCUACAAAUCAUGACACAAUAAAAUGUGUAAAUAAAAGUCAAAUCAAGUCUGGCAAAGUGAACUGAUUUUAGUCCUUUCUCUGACGGGAGCCAAGAAACAUCGGGUCAUGGAGCUACAGCAUAAUGCCAGCCACAAUCAGACCUUGUGGAAAGAGAUACCGUGGGAAUCCACUGAGGACUGCUCGCUCUCAGUGAGCGGGACCACUUUCCUAAUCAUUGCUUACAGCAUAGUCAUGGUUGUAGGCCUCAUUGGGAACUCCUGUCUGGUGUUUGUCAUCAUGCGGCACAAGGAGAUGCAAAAUGUUACCAACAUCUUCAUCGUCAAUCUGUCUUGUUCUGACAUUCUAAUGUGCAUCAUAUGCCUGCCAGUUACUAUCAUCUACACACUGAUGGACCAGUGGAUCCUGGGAGAUACCCUGUGCAAGCUGACACCCUUUAUCCAGUGCAUUUCAGUAACCGUUUCAAUCUUCUCCCUCGUCCUCAUUGCCAUGGAGCGCUACCAACUCAUAGUCCAUCCGACGGGAUGGAAACCACUGGUGAGCCAGUCCUACUUUGCGGUGGCUGUCACCUGGAUCCUGGCCUGUCUUAUGUCUGUGCCUUUCCUCAAGUACAGUGUGCUUACCUUGCCUUUCCAGAACCUGAGCCUCCCCAUUCCUGUCAGAGACCACCUCAUUUGCAUGGAGCAGUGGCCAUCAGUUGAGAAGCGCCGCGCGUACACCACUUCCUUACUCGUCUUCCAGUACCUGCUCCCUCUCACGCUUAUCUUGGUCUGCUACCUGCACAUCUACCUGCGCUUGAGAAGGAGGAAGGAUAUGGUUGAGCGGGGCAGGAAUGCGACUCAGAAAAAGAACAAGGGCUCGACGAGGAUCAACGCCAUGCUGAUCUCCAUCGUGGUGGCGUUCGCCCUGUCCUGGCUUCCUCUAAACAUCUUCAACACAGUGUUUGACUGGAACCACGAAGCCAUCCCGUCUUGUGGCCAAGACGACGUCAUCUUUUCUUUCUGCCACCUCACUGCCAUGGUCUCCACUUGCGUCAACCCAAUCAUCUAUGGGUUCCUAAACAGCAACUUCCAGAAGCAGCUCAAGUCCACGGUGUUGCGCUGUCGGUGCUGGGGGGCUGUGGACAGGUACGAAAUCGUCCCACUCUCCACCGUCAGCACAGAGGUCACCAAAGGGUCAGUCUUCAGUAAUGGAUCUAUCACCUUUAACUCUUAAAUCGUAGGAUACCAUACCCGAAACUAUCCCAUCAUUGGGUUUUUUCAUUUUGACUUUGAAGAAACUUCUCUCUUCGUAAACUAAAACUAUGAAACAAUACUGAAAAGCAAAUUGUGGACUUUUUUAUGAUUUAGAGAGAGUUUUCGAUAAAGAGGAAGUAGAUAACAAAUGGGACAAAGGUUGGACAAGCUAAACUGCUGAUGGACAACCGAGGACACUUGACAUGGCCAUAUGAUGUAAGGACCUACAAGUGAACAGACACCCUUUACACCCUUCGACAUGUUUCUCUGUAAAAAUCUAGCAUCUUUUCUUAUGUCUGGAGUUAUCAGAGGACCUAAUGUGAAAUGUAAAUGAGCUCAACCCCAGCGAAUGCUGGGAAAAGCAAGGAUAUGUUGUUUUUAAUUAAGUUCCUUUUUUUAAUGGCGCUAAUGAAAAUAUCAAGGGGAUUGUUACCUGUUAAUGAUUAUCAACUAAUGCAGUAUUAGUGCUUUAGAUGUGGCUCUAGGGGCUCAUUCAGUCGAUUUACGGGCGCCGUCUUAUACUUUUAUCAUUGUCUAAAAUCACCGCCAGUGCUGUAACAGUGGUUCUCAGAUAACCUCGGCUGGAGCUGUAUACAUCUCCUGCUGUCAGCCUGGUUCUGGACUCCAAUCUGUAUAUAUGUGUGGGAUAGUGUCUGCCAUAAAAUGUGCCGUACAGCAAUCGUAUAUCCGCUGCAAUAAAACAAAAUAAAAGUGACAGUAAAGGACUUUGUCAGAGCAGGUUUCUUCUGCUGUAAAUAUAUCACAUGAUAGAGUUAUAGUUUAUGAUGUGGUCUAAAGUAAAGAGCACUUUGUAGCCUAGCAAAUAUCUCUCAGUGACCUGUUGUUAGACACCGUGCAUUUAUAAUCGCAUUAGAUCGUAUAUCUUUAAUGAUAAAACUUGUGCUGUAAUAUUCGGGUUAGCUCUAUGUUACAUUGAAACAAUAAACUUCAUUACACCAUCUUUUAACCGGACAUUCACAAUUAUUGCACCCAUGCUUAUGACUUUAAAGUGAUUAAAAAAACCUCCUGGGGCUAAAAUCAAAUUAUACUAUCAAAGUUGUUUCUUAAAUAAGUAUAUGACAAGUAUUCAUGAAUAUUUUUCCCAAUUUACUGCCUUAAAAUUCAAUGUAGUUCAUUUAUGUUUUAUAUGAUAGGCCAGAAAAAAAUAAAAUAGUCUAAUUAAGAGGCUAAAAAAAUUUACCUGAGCUACACCUCAGUCAAAUUGGUUGGAUAGUUCCAGUAAGUAGAAUUUUUCGAUUUGAUUCAAAUGGAAAAGGAACUUGUACUUAAGCUUUGACUAGGCCAUUCUACCCCAUAGAUAUCCCUGAAUUGCGAUACAGGAGUUUUGGCUGUGUCAUUAGAAUCAUUGUCCAGCCGGACGAGGAUCCAACAAUCCAGUCUCCAAUCUUUUACAGCCUCUACCCGGUUCUCUUCCAGGAACCCCCGUUAUCUUCCCUUCCACCUGCUCCCACAUGAUGCUGCAGCCUAUAGGAAUGAUAUGUUCAAAGUAUGAGGUUUAAGUUUUCUGCCACUGGACUUUACAUAUAAUCCAAAAUGUUCUGUUAGGGUUUCGUCUGACCAGAGCACAUUCCUCCACUUUUGUGUGUCUCAUAUGUCCUGAGUAAGACUACAGUAUUACAUAUAGAGACUAAUACAUUCUAUAUUAUUUAUAUGUCAUGAAGUCAACAAUUCUUUCUAUCGCUUUUACAGUUUAUUGUUAGGUUAUUUUCAGUAAUCCAUAAAGAUUUUUUUUUCAUGUCUAAGAACAAAGUGUUCAUAUUUUCUUGCAGUUACCUUUUUCUCCAUCCAUCUUCAUCAAAAUUUUAGAGUGAGAGUAGUGACUACUCUCACUCUAAAAUUUUAUAUAUACAUACAGAAACGCAAAUCUGAAAAAUAUAAUCCAUGGUGCCAGAAGACGAACAACAAAUUAAAUCAUACAGAUAAAUAAUAAAAUAUAUAAAAUGUUAAGCAUAUACCUAAAUUAUUCGAAUGAAGUUUCCUUAAACCAAGAAAAAAUUGUUUGAAAAACAACAUCUAAAGUUGGAAUAUUAGUCUUUUUGAACUAUGUAAAUAUAUAUGCAAAAGCUAUAUUUAAAUUGCCUUAACACAUAGAUUUAAUCUUGUUACUUAUUACUUAAUUCUAAUAGAUGUAUUAAAGGAUGUAUUAAAGAAAAUAAAAUGUACAAUUUAACAUAAAAUAGUUUUCUUUUAUUAUAAUCAAAUAAUAUCAUUAAACAAAUCUAUAGAAAAUUAAAUACAAAUAAAUUUUGGUCUGGGGGAGCCUUGGUGCCCUAAGCAGCCCCUUAGCUUGUUUUCCUUUGGGCCAGCCCUGGCUUUAACCCAAACAUCCAUGAAUUUGUUUUUAAGGAGAAAACAUUUUCGACAACUGAUCCAGAUAUAUGGUUCUGGUGAGGACAUUGUGUAGCCAUUUGGAAAUCUGUGUAGAUGCAAACAACUCAUAAGUGAUAAAAAAA